CGGGGUUUAUGGUCACUGACUUCACUGAGCCAGGGAGCACGGAAGUUGCUGCCGCUGUGCAACUUGGGUUUUCUUUAUCCUGCAGUCUUUACCUAAGCAGAACUGCACACCAGAGACUCUGGCUCUUCGUGUAUGGCUCUCUCAGGGUCCAACAAGAGCAAGCUGUGGGUCUGUGAGUGUUUAUGUGUGCUUUUGUUCACUUCACACUUAUUGAAAAGUGUGUGUGUGAGAGGGUGGGGUGUGUGUGUCAAAGAGAGUGAGGAAGAGAAGGAGAGAGAGAUCAGUUGAUUCUGCAGCCUCAGCUCCAGCAUCCCUCAGUUAGGAGCUUCCGAAGCCAGGUGAUCAGUUGGGAUGCAUAGCUCGGAGAUGCAGUACCCCUGGAAAAUCCUUAUGGUGGCGCCUCUAUUCUUGCUCCUGUCUCUUCAGUCCUCGGCCUCUCCAGCCAAUGAUGACCAGUCCAGGCCCAGACACUCGAAUGGGCACACCUGUGUAGGGUGUGUGCUGGUGGUGUCUGUAAUAGAACAGCUCGCUCAAGUUCACAACUCGACAGUCCAGGCUUCGAUGGAGAGACUGUGCAGCUACCUGCCUGAAAAACUGUUCUUGAAAACCACCUGCUAUUUAGUCAUCGACAAGUUUGGAUCAGACAUCAUAAAACUGCUUAGCGCAGAUAUGAAUGCUGAUGUGGUAUGUCACACUCUGGAAUUUUGUAAACAGAACACUGGCCAACCAUUGUGUCAUCUCUACCCUCUUCCCAAGGAGACAUGGAAAUUUACACUACAGAAGGCAAGACAAAUUGUCAAGAAGUCCCCGAUUCUGAAAUAUUCUAGAAGUGGUUCUGACAUUUGUUCACUCCCGGUUUUGGCCAAGAUCUGCCAGAAAAUUAAAUUAGCUAUAGAGCAGUCUGUGCCAUUCAAAGAUGUGGAUUCAGACAAAUACAGCAUUUUCCCGACACUGCGGGGCUAUCACUGGCGGGGGAGAGACUGUAAUGACAGUGACGAGUCAGUGUACCCAGGUAGAAGGCCGGACAACUGGGAUGUCCAUCAGGAUUCAAACUGUAAUGGCAUUUGGGGUGUUGAUCCAAAAGAUGGAGUUCCAUAUGAGAAGAAAUUCUGUGAAGGUUCACAGCCCAGGGGAAUCAUUUUGCUGGGAGACUCAGCUGGGGCUCAUUUUCACAUCUCUCCUGAAUGGAUCACAGCGUCGCAGAUGUCUUUGAACUCUUUCAUCAAUCUACCAACAGCCCUUACCAAUGAACUCGACUGGCCCCAACUCUCUGGUGCUACAGGAUUUCUGGACUCCACUGUUGGAAUUAAAGAAAAAUCUAUUUACCUUCGCUUACGGAAAAGAAACCACUGUAAUCACAGGGACUACCAGAAUAUUUCAAGAAAUGGUGCAUCUUCCCGAAACCUGAAGAAAUUUAUAGAAAGUUUGUCUAGAAACAAGAUGUUGGACUAUCCCGCCAUCGUUGUAUAUGCCAUGGUUGGAAAUGAUGUCUGCAAUGGGAAGAGUGACCCAGUCCCAGCCAUGACCACUCCUGAGAAACUCUACUCCAACGUCAUGCAGACUCUGAAGCAUCUAAAUUCCCACCUGCCCAAUGGCAGCCAUGUUAUUUUGUAUGGCUUACCAGAUGGAACCUUUCUCUGGGAUAAUUUGCACAACAGAUAUCACCCUCUCGGCCAGCUAAAUAAAGACGUGACCUAUGCGCAGUUGUACUCCUUCCUGAACUGCCUCCAGGUCAGCCCCUGCCACGGCUGGAUGUCUUCCAACAAGACGUUGCGGACUCUCACUUCAGAGAGAGCAGAACAACUCUCCAACACACUGAAAAAAAUUGCAUCCAGUGAGAAAUUUACAAACUUCAAUCUUUUCUACAUGGAUUUUGCCUUCCAUGAAAUCAUACAGGAGUGGCAGAAGAGAGGGGGACAGCGCUGGCAGCUCAUCGAGCCCGUGGAUGGAUUCCACCCCAACGAGAGAAAGAGCAUCCUCCUCAAAGGCAUGUUAAUGACAAGCCAGACACUGGACAAGCAAGAAUGGACCCAGCUAACAUCAUGGAUAAAGGGAAACCUGACAUGCCACAGCAGAACCAGAGAGUGGCUUUGCUGUUGUCGGCGGAUCGUUUCUGGGAAAAGGUGCAGCUCCAGUGGCCCCAAAUCCUGGGAAAGGAGAAUCCGUUCAACCCCCAGAUUAAACAGGUGUUUGGAGACCAAGGCGGGCACUGAGCCUCUCAGGAGCAUGCACCCGUGGGGAGCACAGGGAGGCAGAGGCUUGGGUAAACUCAUUCCACAAACCCUAUGGGGGCUGCCACGUCACAGGCCCAAAGGACUCUUCUUCAGCAGCAUCUUUGCAAAUGUCUUUCUCUCAAUUAAGAGCAUAUCUGGAUGACUGUGCAACGCUGUGUGCUCCUGGGAUCAGUAACCCUUUCGUUGUUCCUGAAAUAACCUUUAAUGAAGUGCUUUGGGUGCCAUUCCAAACAAGAGAGUAUCUGUGCCCUUUACAGCUAAUUGUUCUAAAAGGAGUUUCUAAAAACACUUAAGAAGUCCAGCGAUGUUCAGCAAUUUACCCAGGGUCUUGGCAUGCCAGGGGACUGAUCCUCCCUGUAUGGUUGACUUCUUAAAAAUGGCCUGGCGAGCUGAGGCUCCUCCUAUGCAGGCAGCUGGCCAGCUGCCAAGGACUCACACAAGGGGGCAGACCAGGCUUCAUGAGGCCCCCUUGAAAAACAUAACACAAAACUAUAAAUACAAAAUUAGAUAUGAACUUGAAUACCAUUUAGAAUGAGGAAAGAAAUCACCACAAAUUACAAAUGUUUAAAAGUUGACAAAGUGCCAUAUAACCUCACAAAGUCCAGAAAAAUGACAAUACAAUUUUUUUCCUUUAAAGUAUUUUAUUAGUUGAUUAGUGGGUAUAAAUGUACAGUUAGAUAAAAGAAAUAAGGCCUAGUGUCUGAUAGAUCAGUAGGGUGACUAUAGUUUACUAAAUGCUAUUGUACAUUUCAUUUCUAAUCGCUAGAAGAAAAUAAUUUGAAUGUUUCUAGCAUAAAGAGAAGACAAAUAUUUAAGGCGAUAGAUACCCAAAGUACACUUAUUUAAUCUGUACAGGAAGACUCCAGAGUAAAGGGAGGGUCCCCCGGCCUGACCACCUCCCUUCUCCCACCCUAUGUGUCGUCUCUGAACCUGUCACUUCCCACCCCUCUAAAAAAGACUGUUUAAAUUAUCUUAGGCCUGACCACCCACAACCUUGGGGAAUCACCUAACAUCUAACCAGUUCCAUCUUUUGAAUGGGCUCAGGUGGGAAAACAAAGGUACCCAAAUCCUGAGCUCUGACCUUACUCUGAGGCACAGCACCAAGGAACUGAAGGGUGGAAGAGGACGUUGACCCCAUCUCACUUUCUCAGAAAACACAAAUACUGCAAAUAAACACCACAUGGAAAUCAAUACUAAAUACCACUAUUGCCUGCAAAACUGGAGUCUGAGGCCAGGCCUUCUUCCCUGGAUCAGGGGCCCAGGCAAGGCUCAUUUACUUCUGCCUGCAAUUUCUAUGCUCCAGACACGUUCCUUCUUUGAGAUUUGACCAAGUCUUUCUCUCUGGCUUGAGAACGCCCUGUCCCUGUGCUUUGUGUACUUCUUGUAACAGCGCCUAUCCUGUAUUGCUGUACUGGUGCCCCUUGAGCUACUGUCUUCAGUCUUGAGUGUUCCAGAAUGAUGGUGUCUGAGGAUUGUCCACUGAGAGGAACCUGAAGGGCUUUCCUGGAUUGGCAUGCAUCCCUCCCCAUCUCCCCGUUCCUGGAGGGGCUGUGGAAAAAAGCACCGGAACCUGAACUGCAGGCUCCAUGAGAUGGGUACCUGGCCAGUCACGUGUACUCCUGUGUCCAACCCCCAACACAAUGCCUGACCACUGCAGAUGCACAAGAAAUAGCACUGAAUGAAUAAAUGAAUGAGAAGUUA